AUGUCUUCGCUCCUGCCUGUCAACGACUACCAGAUCAAUGACUCGCAAAAGCACCUUCGCGCCUCUUUGGUAAUAUGCUUAGCCGUUUCCGCUGUCUUUGUCCUUCUCAGAGUCCUGGCCAGGCUGCACAUUCAGCGCCAGUUCGCCGUGGAUGACUAUCUCUUGGUGCUCGCACUAUGCUUAAUGUCUGUCAUCACUGGCUUUAUGGUUCAUGGCAUUGAGACGGGAGGUUUCGGUCGGCCGACGGACGAGCUCCCCACCGAAGUCGUCCUGCGUGGCAUCAAAUUUCUCAUACUCUCUCAAACCUGUUAUAUCCUGACCCUGCUCACCACGGGCCUGAGCAUCGCACUCCUCCAGUUGCGCAUCACGGGCAGAGCGCAUACCAUUUUCAACCGCCUUCAUUAUGUAUCCAUCGGUGCGAACGUCAUUAUGGCCACUUAUGAGUUCUUCACAUUACUCUUUCAGUGCUAUCCGGUUUACAAAGCCUGGACUCCUACAAUGGCCGAAGGGACCUGUGCCGACAGACGCGGAAUCACCACUAGUAUUUACGUCUACUCAGCAGUGAAUAUUCUGCUGUUCUGGUACUACGCGUUUGCUCCUGCACCCUUGAUCUGGAAGCUCCAAAUCAAGCCGGCUGUUAAGUUGUCUUCUAUCUUCGUCUUGGGGGUCGGUGUUCUGGCAAGCAUUGCGACCAUCAUCCGGAUGAGAUAUCUCGUCGGUUUCUCCAAAUCCACCAACACGCUACAGGUCUUCGCUCCCAUUGCAUUGUUGUGCUGGAUUGAGCUAUGCCUGGCCAUCUGUGCAGCCUCGAUAUCUUCGUUCCGUCCGCUCCUACGCCUCAUCCCGUGGUGCGGGACGCACGUAGAAGACAGUGCGCCCCACCGAGUCGACCCCGCGGCCAAUGGAAAGAAGAAGUUACGGCGUGGCUACACUUUCCAAUUGUCGGAGAUCGAUUCAAUGAGCAUAAAGGAACAAGGGCUUCCCAUCACCAAGCCGUGUGAUGCUUGCACCAUAAGCACUUCUGCAGUGGCCACACCAGCCACGCUGGACGACAGCGGCAGAUUAAGCUACUUCGCGAGCAUGUCGGAGCCAGUUGCGGAUCGCGAGCAUGAAUGGCGACUACCGGAUCUGGAGAGGGGGUCUUAG